AUGGCUGACGCCUCCCCCACGAUCCACGCGCGCGAUGCGCAGUACGCGCCCAUGGGCAACAUCGAGAAGCACCCGUCCAUCGAGGCCGUCGAUGUCGCCUCCGUCACCAAGUCCAACUCGGACGACAACGAGGACAGGAUCACCGACCUGUUCGUCAGCUUCCCCGAGGUCAAGGGUAUCGCGCCCGAGACGAACCCGCUCACGGUCCGUGCCGUCUUGACCGGCAUCGUGCUGGGCUCGCUGGUCAACGCCUCCAACGUCUAUCUCGGUCUCAAGACUGGCUUCACCUUCACUGCCAACAUGUUCGGUGCCAUCUUCGGCUACGGUGUCAUCCUGCUGCUCACCAAGACGCUGCCCAACCUUGCCGGCGUUGGCGGCCCCUUCGGUCCCCAAGAGAACUCCAUCGUCCAGGCGUCCGCCACGGGCGCUGGUGGCAUGGCUGGUGUCUUCGUCGCCGGUCUUCCCGCCAUGUACAGACUCGGCCUUCUGUCCGACGACCCCAAGUCAGACUUUCCCCGAAUCCUGACCAUCACAAUCAUCUGCGCCUUCUUUGGCCUCUUUGCCGCAGUGCCCCUGCGCAAGUUCUUCAUCAUCAACGUCGCCCGCGAGCUCAACAUGGUCUUCCCCACGCCGACGGCCACGGCACUGGCCAUCCGUUCCAUGCACGCCGUGGGCUCGGGCGCCGCUGACGCCAUGAAGAAGAUCAAGGCCCUAGGCUACUCCUUCGUGGGUGCCUUCGUCCACAUUGUCGUUUCUCAGUACGCGGACGGCAUCCUCCACAACUGGCACUUCUUCGCCUGGAUCCACUCCUGGUCGCACUACACCAGCUGGGCGCUGAACAUCGACAACUGGGGCUGGUACCUACAGCUGACUCCCGCCUUCUUCGGCUCCGGCAUCCUCGUCGGCCUCAACGCUGCCAUCUCCUGGUGGGGCGGCACCGUUGUCGCCUACGGCCUUAUCGGCCCCCUCCUGGUGCACUACGGCGAGUGCAUUGGCAUCGAGAUUGGGGAGGGCAAGUGGGCCGGCCAGGUCAGCUUCAACAGUCUCUCUGGCGUCAGCAAGCCUGGCUACGUCCCCAGCCCUCGCUACUGGAUGCUGUGGCCCGGUGUCAUGGUCCUCAUCGUCUACUCCCUGGUCGAGUUCGUGCUGCACUUCCGCGUCGUCUGGGACGGCGCCAAGCUUGCCUUCCGCAGCUUGGCCGUCACUGCCAACACCCACAUGCAGAAGCGUGGCAAGUCCAGCCCCUUCCUCGAGAAGCAGGCCGCCAAGGCCAACGAGCGCGAGAGCUUGCUUCAGGACUUUGCCCCCCCGGAACACCAGGUCCCUACCUGGCUCUGGAUCACCGGUGCUCUUGUCAUGGUCGUCGUUUCCUGCUUUGUGUGCCACUUCCAGUUCCACAUGAACGCCGGCCUCGCCAUCCUUGCCUGCAUCCUGGGUCUCAUCUUUGCCUUCCUCUCCAUCUACGGCGGUGCCGUCACCGAUACCGCGCCCCUGACGGCCUCGGCCAAGGCCUCUCAGCUGGUCUUCGGUGGUAUCACCAAGGGCCACAUGGAUGUCAAGAGCGCGCAGAGGGUCAACCUCAUUGCUGGUAACAUCGCCUCUGGCUGCGCCGACGUCGCCACCUCCCUGACCAGCGACUUCCGCGUCGGCUUCCUGCUCAAGACGCCGCCCCACCUGCAGUUCUACGCGCAGGCCAUGGGUGCCCUCGUUUCCGUCUUCCUUGCACCCGGCAUCUUCGUCCUGUUCAUGUCCGCCUACCCCUGUGUCUGGAAGGAGGUCAGCCCCAAGGAGCAGGCUUCCUGCCCAUUCCAGGCGCCGUCAGUCGUUGCCUGGAAGGCCGUCGCCGAGGCCGUGACCCUGGACAAGAUCCCCAUCCCGCUGUCCUGCACCAUCUUCUCCAUUGUCAUGGGCGUCGUCGCUGCGCUGCAGGCUGUGCUCAAGAACUUCUACCUCGUCGGCGACCGACAGAAGUAUCGCAACUGGCUCCCCAACUGGAUGGCCAUUGGUGUCGCCUGGGUCCUGGGCGUCGACUCUGGCUACGCCAACGCGAUUCUCUUCGGCUCCAUCACUGCCUACUUCUGGCAGAAGAAGAACGCCAAGAGCUUCGAGAUGUACGCCUUUAGCGUAGCUGCUGGUCUGAUCGCUGGCGAGGGUCUGGCUGGUGUUGUCAAUGCGGCGCUGACGCUGGGCGAAGUGGAUGGCGUCGUCAAGGGCACAACGAUGGGCCUGCCUGGGCAGUAUUAA